UUAUUUUUGAUCCCCGAGCGAAACUCUUGGGGGAAAAAACCUAUCUAAACUAUGUCAAAAGUAUCGACCAUGAGGGUACUCGGGCCUGUAUCCCAUACCGACGCGUAGUACGUGCGAUACAGGAAUAUGAGCUCUUCCUUUAAUUUCACAUCGGUCGAGUGGUCUCAGUUGGAGAUGGGAUUGCGCGUGUACUUUUGUCGCACAAUUAUGGUGUGGGGGAGGAACGCAGUAGCUUUCUUUUUUCGGUAUGCCGCUCCGCGAGCAAGGAGUGCCACGCACGAGCGGAGCGAAAACAAAGCAAGGGAAAUUCUUCGUUGGGGGGAAAUCCUUUGAUUGCGUAUUGAAUAUAGAUCCAUGUCUUUCUUGUUCCACUAGCUAAGACCAAAUUAUCACAUGUCUGUUUCGUUAUUACACCCUUAUUUGUUGAUGUCAAAGACCAGAAGCUACGCGCAAAUUCUCAUUGGAUCUCGGUUGUUCUUAACAGCGAUGGCUAUUCAUUUAAGUCUUCGGGUAGCACCACUAGAUCUUCAACAAAGUGGAAAUUCUCGUAUUCCGUAUGUACAUGUUCCUGCGGCUCGGAUGAGUAUUCUAGUUUAUAUCGCUACGGCUAUAAACACUUUAUUGUUCCUAUUAACAAAACAUCCCCUUUUUCUUCGCUCUUCCGGAACCGGUACAGAAAUGGGUGCUUUUUCUACGUUGUUUACCUUAGUUACUGGGGGGGUUCGGGGAAGACCUAUGUGGGGCACCUUUUGGGUAUGGGAUGCUCGUUUAACUUCUGUAUUCAUCUCGUUUAUUAUUUACCUGGGUACACUGCGUUUUCAAAAGCUUCUUGUCGAACCGGCUCCUAUUUCAAUCCGUGCUGGACCGAUCGAUAUACCAAUAAUAAAGUAUCCAGUCAACUGGUGGAAUACAUCGCAUCAACCUGGGAGCAUUAGCCGAUCUGGUACAUCAAUACAUGUUCCUAUGCCCAUUCCAAUCUUGUCUAACUUUGCUAACUCCCCCUUCUCAACCCGUAUCUUGUUCGUUCUGGAAACACGUCUUCCUAUUCCUUCUUUUCCCGAAUCUCGUUUAACGGAAGAAAUAGAAGCUCUAGAAGGAAUACCAAAACCUAGUUCACUCGCUGAGUCUCUUUGCAUCCAUGGCUGAAUGGUUAAAGCGCCCAACCUAUACCAACCUAAUAAAGGGGCAAAUUCGUAGGUUCGAUUCCUGCUGGAUGCUUUUGAUCAAUAGACCAAGAAGAGGAAGAAGUUAACAAAAAGAUCAGUCGCAGGCGACCUUUGCCUUCUCCAAGUCUGGCUUUAUGCUUAUUUUCAUGAAAUUAGGCCCAAACUCAUCGGCGACAAGAGGACUUUUCUUUGCUACGGCCAUGAAGAAGAUCCUUCCAGACCUCUUUUCUAUUUACAAUGCAAAAAGACUGCCUUCGCCAUUCCGGCAAUGGACCGUGCCUCCGAGUCCACUUUUUUUCUUGUUGACCUUUCCUAGGGAUACAAUACUAAUUCCUGCUCAUUCCUUGGUAAGCCUAAGUCUGAUCCUCUCAAGGACUACUACAGCCCUUCUUCUCGCUUCAGGUAUUACGCUCGUUGGGUGAGAAUGCUAGGGUUAUAAAGUGAACUUCUUGAGGACCCCCUUCUUUCUUGGGUAGAUAUCCCCAGAAUCUUAAUCUUAUAAAUAUGGGACUUUGGGAACGCUAACUAUUGCUUCUUUUGUCUCUUUCUUUACUCACUCGCUCGCUCUAAGGCUCAUAGGAGAAAGAGACUGAAGCUGGUCUUAACUACUCCGAAAAUGACUACUUACUACUUAAAAGCUUACUUUACCUACUUUAGAUAAGAAUAAAUGCAGGUGGAAUGAAAUACGCAAGUGAUUCUUCCCUUAAUUGAAAAAAAGUCCUUAUUCCCAAUGUACGUAAGGAAGGAUGCUCCCAGAGAAUAGUUGACUUCUUCCUUCUUCGGAUUUUAAACUAAUGGGGGGUUGAACGCUAUGACCCUAUAGCGUGCAAUCCAGAUUGGCCCCCCUCCGGAGGAGUAUUAUAGACCAUGUAAAACGACAUGAUCCGGCUAUACAG